AUGGCCACCUUCUUUGGGUCUCCACCAUUUCUUUCCCAUCCACUAACAAGAACUAACUUUUCUUCAUCAUCACAACCACCUCCUCCUCCCACCCCACCUAUCCCACCAUCACAGCCAAAUCCAUCUCCACAGCUAAGUACAAGUUCAUCUGAGCAACCACAAGCACCAGCCUCAGUUGAAGUGCAACAGCAAAAGCCAAAUAAACCUGCUGGCACUUCUGCUACCAAGGUUGACACCACUGACUGGAUAGCUUCCACGUUAACUAGGCGGUUCGGCCUUGGUGCUGGCCUAGCAUGGGCAGCCUUUCUUGCAGUUGGUGUGGUUUCAGAACAAGUUAAGACCCGCCUAGAAGUCUCCCAGCAAGAAGCAAAUACAAGAAAUGUCGAGAAGGAAGAGGAGGUAGCUUUGCCUAAUGGCAUAAGGUACUAUGAGUUGAAAGUAGGCGGAGGAGGGGCUUGUCCAAAGCCAGGGGACUUGGUGGUGAUUGAUCUCAAGGGGAAAGUUGAAGGGAGUGGAGAAGUGUUUGUUGAUACAUUUGGUGGUGACAAAAAGCCAUUGGCUUUAGUAAUGGGGUCAAGGCCUUAUAGCAAGGGAAUGUGUGAAGGUAUAGACUACGUUUUGAGAUCAAUGAAGGCUGGAGGCAAAAGGAGAGUUAUAGUUCCUCCUAAUCUAGGGUUUGGAGAGAAUGGUGCAGAUUUAGGCAAUGGUGUGCAGAUUCCACCAUUUGCAACUCUUGAGUACAUUGUCGAGGUUGAGAGAGUUUCUAUUGCACCAGCUUAA